AUUUCAACACAAAAAAAAGUGCUCACAGUGAAGUGGCUGCGUCCUCCACUCUCUUCGAUCAUGGCCGUCUUCUCCGUCCUCACGCCCUUCCUGGCGCUGGUGCUGUGUGUGGUGUCGGGCAUCCUGGUGCUGAGGAGCCGCCGCCAAAGCAAGGUUGUAGACCCCCGAGGGAAAACACAAGCGGACUUUAAACCCUGGGUCGACCAGGACCUGCAGGACGACAGCGAGGUCCCGACAAGAGAGGAUGAGGAAGGCGAGUGGGUGGACAGCAACAUGGAGGACGAUGUCCUGCACGUGCCCUACUCACCUCAACGGCAUCCCGAGGACCAAAUGUUGCAGCGCUCUCAGCACUUCUACGCGCUGAUGAACCAGCGCAGGUCGGUCCGCUUCAUCAGCCCAGAGCUGGUUCCACGGGAAAUAAUCGACAACGUGGUCCACACCGCAGGCACCGCCCCCAGCGGAGCACACACAGAACCCUGGACCUUUGUGGUGGUCUCGGAUGCGGACACCAAACACCAGAUUAGGCUGAUAGUGGAGGAAGAGGAGGAGAUGAACUACCGCCAGAGGAUGGGGGACAAGUGGGUGAAAGAUUUGGCAAAAUUAAGGACAAACUGGAUCAAGGAGUACUUGGAUGUGUCUCCAUACCUGAUCCUGGUCUUCAAGCAGACCUACGGCACCCUACCAAACAAUAAAAAGAAGACACAUUACUACAAUGAAAUCAGUGUCUCCAUAGCCUGUGGUAUCCUACUGGCUGCACUGCAGAACGUCGGUCUUGUUACCGUAACGUCCACGCCCCUCAACUGCGGCCCUCAGCUCAGGCUCCUUCUCAAACGGCCACCCAACGAGAAGCUCCUCAUGCUACUUCCUGUAGGCUAUCCUGCUAAAGAUGCCACGGUACCCGACCUCUCACGCAAACCUCUGGAGGACAUUGUGGUGCACAUAUGAACCUGCACCGAGAUGACAUCAUAUCAUUACAAAUAUGACAUUUGAAUAAAUGAUUAAAUCACAUUUGAUUUGUAUUAUUGUUUGGGGCAGAGUACUGUGUUGGAGAAAUCAAAUAAGCAAUCAAUCG